AUGCCCAACAGCAGCUCCAUCAGCGAGUUCCUCCUGCUGGCGUUGGCAGACACGCAGCAGCUGCAGCUCCUGCACUUCUGGCUUUUGCUGGGCAUCUACCUGGCUGCCCUGCUGGGCAACGGCCUCAUCAGCACAGCCGUAGCCUGCCACCACCGCCUGCACACCCCCAUGGACUUCUUCCUCCUCAACCUCGCCCUCCUCGACCUGGGCUGCAUCUCCACCACUCUCCCCAAAGCCAUGGCCAAUGCCCUCUGGGACACCAGGCACAUCUCUUACACAGGAUGUGCUGCACAGGUCUUCUUUGUAUUAUUCUUAUUUUCUGCAGAGAUUUUUCUUCUCACCAUCAUGUCCUAUGACCGCUACAUUGCCAUCUGCAAGCCCCUGCACUAUGGGACCUUGAUGGACAGCAGAGCUUGUGCCAGCAUGGCAGCAGCUGCCUGGGGCACUGGGGCUGUCUAUUCCCUGCUUCACACUGCCAACACAUUUUCAAUACCACUUUGCCAAAAAAAUACCGUGGACCAGUUCUUCUGUGAAAUGGCCCAGAUUCUCAAGCUCUCCUGCUCAGAAUCAGACUACUUCAGGGAAACUGUGAAUAUCUAUUUUAGUAUUUGUUUAAUCUUUGGUUGUUUUUUAUUCAUUGUUCUGUCCUAUGUGCAGAUCUUCAGGGCCGUGCUGAGGAUGGCCUCCCAGCAGGAACGGCACAAAGCCUUCUCCACAUGCCUCCCUCAUUUGGCCGUGGUCUCCCUGUUUGUCUGCACUCUCUUGUUUGCCUACCUGAAGCCGCACUCCCUUUCUUCCCCAUCCCUGGACCUGGUGGUGUCAUUUCUGUACUCCGUGGUACCUCCCACUGUGAAUCCUUUCAUCUACAGUGUGAGGAACCAGGAGCUCAGGGAUGCCCUGAGGAAACUUUGGGAAAUCCCAAAAGCUGGAGGAGAAACCCCCUUAUGCAGGAGGGAUCCAGGGGUCAAGAGCCUAAACAGCAACCCAAAAUUCCUUGGAGGCUGCCCCCACUACUCAAGCUCUUCUGAGAGAGAGCAGUUGGACAAUGGCCCUCUGCACAGCCCGGACUCUUCUCCGGAGCAACCUGUGUGUGCAGCCAGCCUCCAGAUGAGCAAGGGGCAGCAUGGGGCAGAACUACAUCCCAAGAGGCAGCAGAUGCCCAACAGCAGCUCCAUCAGCGAGUUCCUCCUGCUGGCGUUGGCAGACACGCGGCAGCUGCAGCUCCUUCACUUCUGGCUCUUGCUGGGCAUCUACCUGGCUGCCCUGCUGGGCAACGGCCUCAUCAGCACAGCCGUAGCCUGCCACCACCGCCUGCACACCCCCAUGUACUUCUUCCUCCUCAACCUCGCGCUCCUCGACCUGGGCUGCAUCUCCACCACUCUCCACAAAGCCAUGGCCAACGCCCUCUGGGGCACCAGGACCAUCUCCUAUGCAGGAUGUGCUGCACAGGUCUUUUUCUUUCUCUUCUUCAUCUCAGCAGAAUAUUUUCUUAUCACCAUCAUGUCCUAUGACUGCUACAUUGCCAUCUGCAAGCCCCUGCUCUACAGGACUGUUCCCCAACUCCUCAAGCUCUCCUGCUCACACUCCAACCUCAAAGACAUUUGGGUUCUUGUUGUCAGUGCCUCUUUAGCAUCUGGGUGCUUUGCUGUCAUUCUUUUCUCCUAUGUGCAGAUCUUCAGGGCUGUGCUGAGGAUGCCCUCUGAGCAGGGACGACACAAAGCCUUCUCCACGUGCCUCCCCCACUUGGCCGUGCUCUCCCUCUUUGUCAGCACUGGUACCUUUGCUUACGUGAAGCCUCGUUCCCUAUCCUCCCCAUCCCUGAAUCUGACAGUGGCACUUCUGUACUCAGUGGUGCCUCCAACACUGAACCCUCUCAUCUACAGUGUUAGAAACAAGGAGCUCAUGUGUUCAGUUAGGAAAAUCAUUUCACAAAUGUUUCUGAAUUGUCAUAAGUUUAUUUGCUGUUCUUGCUGUCUUUAGAGUCACUUGUUUUUAUUGUUGUCUGUGAUAAAUGAUUUCAUAUAUGCAAGUACCACUGAGGAAUUAUGCUGAUUUGUUUAUAUUUCCAGCUGUAUAAAUAUGUGUC